ACGUUUCAUAGCAUACAAAGCUAAGUACCCUAUACCCCUUGAAGAACAUACUACGAAUUACGUGGCAUAAUUUACGUUGAUAAACUUGAUAUAAUUCUUUUAAGCUUUAUCAAAUACCAAGUUCAUCUAAGUAUUAUUAUUCCAUAAAUACUGCUCUCGUAGAUGUACGAAUUUGGGCGUUUAGCUGUAAAAUUUAGGGAAGACGAUUUACCAGGAUCGGGAUUGGCGAGUCUCGACUCGAAUCACCACGGCACAGCCGGACUUGACCGGACCUCGGAGAGACAGGAUCGCAAGACUGUCGGCGGGGCUGGGGCCGCCUCGUUGGCUGGGUGCUGCAUGCUGCCGGCAUAGCCCAUGCCAUGCCAGUAUGUUAUCGGGAUAAUCAUCAGAUGCUGAAACACACAUUCUACCAUUGACUGUGCGAGUGGUUAAUAAUCAUGCCUCAGGUGGCAGGUUUGAUCUACAUUGUGUAUGGGACCUUCUCUGGUCUUGUGACAGCAUGUGUGCUGCUGACAUUAAUUUCUAAGAGGCUGAGCGGUCAGCAGCAUAGCACGGGUAACAAUCCAACAUUUGUGCAAUUCCAGAGGAAAUAUUUCUUGGCAUACUUCCUUGCCCUUGCGGCUGAUUGGCUUCAAGGACCUUAUCUUUAUAAACUCUACAGCUACUAUGGUUUCCUGGAGUCACAGAUCACUGUGCUUUAUGUCUGUGGAUUUGCUGCAAGUGUAGUCUUUGGGAGUCUAACCAGCACCUUGGCUGAUCGAUUUGGUCGCAAGAGAUUGUGUAUAACCUUCUGUAUAGUGUACUCUGUAUCAUGCUUCAUGAAGCUUUCAAGAAGCUAUGGACUUCUUAUCAUUGGUAGGAUUCUUGGAGGUGUGUCAACAUCUCUUCUCUUCACAGCGUUUGAGGCAUGGUAUGCGCAUGAACACCUUGAGACGCAUGACUUCCCAAAGGAGUGGCUCUCUGUUACCUUCUCAAAGGCAACCGUUUGGAAUGGAGCUCUUGCUGUCGGUGCAGGAAUCGUUGCAAACAUCAUCGCUGGGCCGUUCGGCUUGGGCCCAGUCUCGCCAUUUCUUCUAGCCAUCCCUCUUCUCGUUGCUUCGGGACUGAUCGUGGCUACUUCAUGGAAGGAGAAUUACAGCGAGCAACGUGUCAACUGCUCUAAAACCUGCGGUGAAGGAAUGCGACACAUCGUGAGUAGCCGACGGAUGAUGCUGAUUGGUGCAAUGCAAUCACUCUAUGAGAGUGUCAUGUAUAUCUUCAUUUUUAUUUGGACACCAGUCCUUGACCCCUACCAACUUCCACUAGGUCUUAUCUUCUCUAAUUUCAUGUUGUGUAUCAUGAUUGGAUCAUCCGUCUAUCAAAUCCUCACCAGCUUCAGACAUUCUCCUGUAGUUCUUGUCAAUGCAGCUAUCAUUAUAGCACUCGUAUCAACUCUUAUUUGUGUAGGUUCUACUAAACCUCUUCAGGAGCAUCCAACGGUGUCCUACUUUGCCUUCCUCCUGCUAGAGCUGGCUUGUGGGAUUUAUUUCCCUGCGAUGGGUUUCCUUCGAGGCAAGAUCCUUCCCGAGUCCCAUCGAGCUGGAAUAAUGAACUGGUUCCGUGUUCCACUCAACUUAAUAGCUUGUAUUGGUCUCAUGGUACUUCAUGAUGAACCUACUAAGGCUGGUACAAGACAUAUCUUUAUUAUCUGUUCAGCAUUAUUAGGUGUUGCUCUGUGUUGUGGAGUGCAGUUUGGUUCAAUUACAAAGAAUGACUCAACUCUUACAGAGGAUGGUGAAAAUAGUGAUAUCGCAUAGAGAGGCAUUGAACUUUGUUAUUCCAUUUUGUGUUUUCUAUUACUAAUAAAGGGGAAUCGAACCCAAAUAAACUGUUCUUUUUAUCAGAAGAAAAAAAUUCAGACAAGUACAUGGGUGAAAGUGUGGACAAAAUCGGACAAACUUUGAGAAAGUCAUGAAUUUUUAAAAGUUGUAAAAAUCAGCUGCAUUGGUGAUGUCAUAGUGAUAAAGGCAAGGACUGCUCUCCCAUAUACUCCAUAAAAUUCUUAUAUUGUCGGGGGAGGGGGGGGGGGUUAAGUUUUAUUUCAAAAAUUAAAACUAUGAAUUUUUUUCAUUACAAUAUAAAGCAUUAUACUACAUCAGUUAUAUUUGGAUUACUGCCCCAAGGGAAUAGGUCUUGAGAGAAAACCACAAAUCCUUUUGUACAUGGCCUAUGACUAUUGAAUAGUUGUCAUUCACACUUGUGAUUUACUUACCCAGUUGCCAAUUUGAAAGUUACAUAGUUUUAGGGAUCUCAAUUUUAAAACAGUCAUAACUUUCUUUAUCCCAAUUUUUUUUUCUCAAUCUUUAACCAUUCUGUUUUUUCCUAUUUUUCCUCCUUUUCCAUGCAACAUUUUAUGAGAUUGGAUUCCCCUUUCAGUAUGAUAUGAAGUACGAAAAUUCAACAUUUUAAGAUUGAUGAAACACUCCCCCCUCAUUCCUGCUCUUAAAUAAUAAUGAAAUUAUAAAAGGAAAUAUUUAUGUGUACCCAUUUGCAUGUAGUAAUUUAAAAUAGAUUUUUGAAAUUUGUUUACAAUGUAUAUUUGCAGUUUUUAUGUAUAUAUAUAUCUAAAGGUCUAAAGGAACUGUUGUUGGGCUAGUCCCACGAGUAUAUUUGAUGCGCUUAAUAAGAUAUCACCGUCAUUAUUAUACCCCCGCCAAACAAAGUUUGAAGGGGAAUAUAAGAAUCGGUGUACGGUUGGGCAGGCGGUUGGUCCGUCUGUUGCAAAUCUUGCGCAUCGAACUACUUCCUCAGUUUUUAACCAAUUCUCAUGAAACUUGGUACAGAUAUUGGUGUUGGGGUAAAGAUGUGCAAGACACUUUUUUGUAUGUGUCAGAAAUUGUGUUGCCAUUGUAACAGUAUAUUAUGGCAAAAAAUGAAGUAACAAUCUAGCAGUUCGAAUAACAUGUACUUCCUCAACUUUUAACCAAAUCUCAUGAAAUUUGGCACACACAUUGUUCUUGAGGUAAAGAUGUGCAAGACAUACAUGUAUAUAAUGUGUGUGUCAGAAAUCAUGUUGCCAUGGUAAUUACAUAUUUUAUAUUAUGGCGAAAAUCUUGUGGUUUGAAUUACUUCAUCAAUUUCCACUAAUUCUCACGAAAUUUUGCUGACGCAUGAAUUUCAAGGUAAAGAUGUCCGAGACGCAUAUUUUUUGUGUGUCAGAAAUCAAGUUCAUAUGGUAACAACAUAUUAUAUGCCCAAAAUUAGGUAAUUAAGUAAUAUACUUCCUCAGUUUCCAAACAAUUCUCGUGAAAUUUGGCUCACACAUUGAUCUCGAGGUGCAGAGCAUAUUUUUCCAUGUGUUAGAAAUCAUGUUGCCAUGAUAACAACAUAGUGUCAAAAAAGUAGGCAAAAUCUUGCAGUUUGAACUACUUCAUCUGUUUUUAACCAGUUCUCAUGAUAUUUAGCUCACAUAUUUUUCUUGGGGUAAUACUAGGCAAGACAUAUUUUUUCCAUGUGUUGUAAACUGUUGUCAUGGUAAUGGCGGGGGUAUUAAUCACCAUCAGUGAUGGUUCUAGUUUCUUCUGAUUCUUGUAACUUUAAAAUUUGUGUAAAUAAAUGGGAGUAUAAUAUGAACGACCUAAUGAUCUUAAAAUAAACUGAAUAUUUGCUCUUUUUUAGUUUAUUGUACUCGAUAAACUAACCCUAACCCUAGUUUUUUUUACAAAAAGAGAAGAUAUCAUCUGGAUUAAGUAUUUGGUCUCUGUGGUGUACACAAAUAUUGGUGGUACAGGGAUAUGCCGCUUUGAUGACCCUUUUCAGUUCUCUAGAUACCGUACUCCCGUUAUGAGACAUCUCAGUUCCCGAGCCCUGCCAAAUUUGCAAAGCGCGAGCACGGCAUGCGAGAGAUGCAUGUACGGCUUCGCAACUCCCUACACAACUAGUAGGCGCUACAUGCAUGGCUAGUGCAUGCACAGCGCUAUGGUGCAACGUACCUACAGUGCCGUGAUCCCGUUCCGCCGACCCUGUUUUUCACACCACACAGAAUAGUCAGUUCCUUAGACCCCCAUUUCAGAGUUUUGUGAGGCACACCCCUAUCAAAAAAUCAUUUGAGUGCCCCCCCCCCCCCCCCCCCCGGGGUACAUGUACCUGUAAAAAGUUAAUAAUCUGGGCAAGUUAUAUAUUUUUAUGUUUUGGUUUGUUCGUAUAAGUUUGUCUGAUGCUUUCUUCUUGGUUUUCUGUUCAAAUGAUGAAAAGUAUACUAAUGAAAUAGUAGUUAUAUUCUUAAGGCCUUUAUUUUGAUGUAAGCUUUGAUAUUUGGGUUAUUCUAUCGGGUUAGGGUCACAAAGUGUACAAGAUGUUCAUGUAUCAAAUCAACUAUUUUAUUUCACAAAAAAUGGACCAAACCCGAUGGAUGAUGUUUUGAUGUAGUCAGACAGAUCAUAACUUACAAUUAGAAUUUUCAUCUACAUGUACAUAUUGAAGGGAGAGGAACCCCCCCCCCCCCCAUGGCUACAAGGUGAUUUACAUUUGAGACAGUGUUUUCUUGUAAACAGGAUUCAUUUGAAAGGAUAUUGCUUUGUUACCUGAAGUCUUAGAUUAAAUAAGUCUGUCAUUCAGAACAAGUAAUUUUUUACAAAGGCCUACAAGGUCAAUAAUUUAUCUCACAUUAUUGGAUUAAUAAAACAGAAAGAUUCCAUGUAUAUUGUAGAUACUCCAUGAAUAUUUUUACUUGUCAAAUAUCAUGAAGCUUUUACUUCUUCAGAAUUACCAGUGCUUCCUGUAUAAAUUACGCUUAUUUUACCGCGUAUAAUAACAAAUUUUCAAUACUGAUGCGCGCUUUUGUCACAGUGCGCCAAAUUGACGCCUGUUAGCGUGGUUAUCCACGCUAUUUUAUUCACGAGUCCACUCUUCAAACAAUGGACUCGUGAAUAAAAUAGCGUAUCUAACCAUGGUAACAGGCAUCUAUUUAGCGCACUGUGACAAAAGCGCACAUCAACAUAGGACUUUCUUUAUUCACGCGCCUGAUACGCGCUAAAUUAAGCGUAAUUUAUACAGGAAAUCUGCAUAAACCAUGGAUUCAACCGUGGGUUUUCAAACCCACCUUUUUAAAUUCGGGCCAUAAAGUUUCCAUGUACAUGUAUACUAUAGAUCUUUAGAUACACCGUGAAUAUUUUUACUUGUCAAUUAUCAUGAAGCUUUUACUUCUUCAGAAUUACCAGACCACAUGAAUUGGUCUACAUAUACACAUGAAGAUUAGACCUUAAUACUAGUCAGAAAUAUAUUAUGUAUUUUAUUGCUAAACAUGAUUGCUAAACAUGAUUGAUAUGAAUAAAUACAAAUAACAUCA